GAGUUAUUUGGAGCAGAGGUAUCCCGAACGGCGGGCUUCGGAAGUUUGCUAUCCUCAACCUUGCAAUUGGAAUUUUAGUAUUAUAAUAGGCUUCCGAUUGGAAAAUUGUCUUCGUGGGCACUUUUAACAGUCUCGCCGUCGGUUAACUUGUUCCGGCUCUCGUGCUAAGGAUUCCCCGUUCUUCUAAGGAUUCCCCGUUCUUCAAAACGGAUCUCGUGCUCGCUCUCUCCUUUCUUCCUCUCCCUCUCUGUCCGUCGUCCCCUAGCUCGCUCCUGCUCUGUCCUCGACGAGCUCGCGACUGCUCCGUGCUCCCGGCCCUCGACGGCGCUCAUCUCCUCGACGGCGCUCCUCUCCAAGGUAUCCUCUCGAGUGCCCAUACUUUUUAUCUUCUGUGGCGCCCCAUACUGCUCCCUGGCGGCUGGCUCUGUCCUCGCCGGCGUUACUGACUGCUCCCGGCAGUCCCCGCGGUCCCGACUGCUCCCGGCAGUCCCCUCGCUCCCGGCGCUCCCCACUGCUCCCGGCAGUCCCAAUGCAACCUCCGGCAGUCCCCUCGCCGGACCUCGCAGUCCAAGCAGCCGGCGAAUUAUCCUCGUCGUUGCCUCCAGGCGAGGUCGUUGGCAGCGACACAGGGGUGGCCCUCAAUCCGUCGCCGUUGGUCGAUGCUGCUCUGACGAUCGACGACGUUGAUAACUCUUGGUUGGAGGCACCACCAGCUUGUCCUGAAGAUCGGGGCACUGUCAAUUUUCAGUUAACAGUGUUUGACCCAGUGCAAGUAUUUGAUUUUGAGGGUAUUGGACCUGAUCUUCGAUGGGAUGAAGAAGGGCCUCAACAUGUACCCAGUGAGUUAGCUAUGUAUUCGAAACUUGGAUUUGCGGCUGAAGAUGAACGAGAAAACAAAGAGAGAGAGGAGGCUUCUAAUCAUUGUGGUGAUUCAAAUAAUCCAAAUGAGUUUGGAGUUGAUUCUUCAUCCUCCAUGCCCUGUGUUGAUUUUUUGCCAAACGAGAGUAGAGUUUUGUAUGAUUCUAACCAUCCAGUCAUGGCGGUUGGCUGCAUGUAUCCAUCUAUGGCUGAAUUCAGACUUGCUAUGAGACAGUAUGCCAUAGAAAAAGAGUUUGAGUUAGGCAUUGAGGCUAGUACCCCGAAGAAAUACAGAGGAUUUUGUCGAGGUGGUGAUUGUCCUUGGAGCAUACAUGCAAGAAUUGAGAGGGAUGGGUCACCUACCAUAAUUGUGACUGUGAUGAAUGAUCAUCACACUUGCACUUCUAGUGGCCGGAGGAGGACAAGCACACCAACCAGUGCUUGGGUUGCUGCUAAAGCUUUACCUAUCCUUGCGAAGAAACCACACACAGGUGCAAAGGAUUUACAGACUUUCCUUCAAGAUACGUACAAGUGCACCAUUUCUUAUGAUACAGUUUGGUAUGGAAAAGAGAAAGCCUUGAAGCAGUUGUUUGGGACUUGGGAAGAGAGUUUCCAACUUCUAUUCUCUUGGAAGGAGGCUGUAUUGCAGAGGUCACCUGAUAGUGUCAUUGAAAUUGAUGUACGUGUUGAGGAUGGCAGAGUUUAUUUUAGUAGGUUCUUCUGUGCACUUGGCCCUUGUAUUAGUGGUUUCUUACAUGGAUGCAGACCUUACUUGAGUGUUGAUUCGACAGCUUUGAAUGGUAGAUGGAAUGGUCACCUACCAUCUGCAACAGCCGUCGACGGCCACAACUGGAUGUUCCCUGUUGCAUAUGGAUUCUUUGAGUCCGAAACAGAGGACAACUGGCAUUGGUUCCUUCUACAGUUACGCAAGGCCAUCGGGGAUUUACCUAACCUAGCAUUGUGUUCUGAUGCUUGCAAAGGGCUAACAAAUGCAAUGAAGGAUGUUUUUCCAGAAGCUGAGAAAAGAGAGUGUUUCCGGCACCUAAUGAACAAUUAUGUCAAGCAAUAUGCUGGAUCCGAAUACAUGUACCCUGCUGCCAGGGCGUACAAGGCAGAAGUAUAUGACAUGUACAUUGCAAAUGUCAGAAGCAAUCCUGAUAUUGCUGCUUGGUUAGAUAGGUUCCAUUCCUUGUUGUGGUACCGAAGUGCAUUCAACCCUACUAUCAAAUGCGACUAUGUAACAAAUAACAUUGCUGAGGUGUUCAAUAACUGGAUAAAGGACUACAAGGACCUCCCUGUUUGUGACCUGGCUGACAAAAUUAGGAUAAUGAUCAUGCAACUAUUUUACAAGAGGAGGCGGAUAGGAAGGAGGUUGGAGGGAAAGAUUUUACCUUCUAUCAUAGCACAACUGAAUGCAAGAACUAGAGGACUUGGACACUUGGAGGUCAUAAAAGGCGAUGACUAUGUUGCAGAGGUGAGAGACAAUGGUGAUUGUUUUUCUAGAUAUGUGGUGAAGGCUCAUCUUAGAGAAUGUUCAUGUAAGGAAUGGCAACAUACAGGGAAGCCCUGCCACCAUGCAUUAUGUCUAAUUACCGCACAGCAAUAUAGAAAUGUAAUGAUGGAGGAGUUUGUCGACGAUUACUACUCAGUUGACAUGUUUAGGAAAGCUUAUGACAGAUUGGUGGAGCCAAUUGAAAGCAAAUUAUUUUGGCCGAAGGUGGAUUUUGCAAAGGAGGUUGGUGCUCCACUAGGCAAGAGAGGCGUGGGACGUCAAAGGAAAACUAGGUUCAAGAGUUGUCUAGAAGGUGGGAGUAGUAAAAAAAAGCCUGCAAACGAAAGUGAGAAAGCUAAGAAGAUUAUUCGAGGCAAAUUCAAGUGCCCUAAUUGUGGGGAGUUAGGGCAUAGGAAGACUAGCUACAAAUGCCCCCUAAAUGGAACGAAGAAAAGGAAAAGGAAACCAAGAAAGAACUCAACAAAGAAAUGGUUUCCUAAGGAGCCAGCUGAAGCUUCUUCGUCACAGCCUGAAGUAGGGGAUUCUGGUCGACACCAAAUUGUCUGCAUUGAUGUUCCACAAGAAACAGUUGGUACUACCCCACAGAAGAGAGUGAGGCGUGCUGUCAAAAAACUGACUCCAAAGAAGAAGAUGAACGCUGGCUAGAAAAUUAGGACAAUGUCAUGUCUUAAACUAGUUUCCAGGCUUGUUUGUGAUGAUGUAAUGUAUUGAAGUACUUUCUUCAGUUUUCAGAUGAUGUAAUGUAUUGAAGCACUUUCUCUA